AUGUAAAAUUUUAAGGAAGAAACACUUGUACGAUCACUUGUCUCUAAUAUAUGUAGACCUAUUGUUGAAAAGUAAUCAAACUAUUGUAAUAUAGACUUGAAAAUAUUUAAAAGGAUGUUGAAAACAUUUAGUUUUAUAUACAUUAACAUACAAGAAAGAUAGAUAUUUUAUAAGAUAAGUCAGAUCAAUUAUCAUUUGAUAUGUAAUGUAAUAACUUAUAUAAUAGAAAACUUAAUAAUGAUGUAAUUGAGCAUUUUAAAAAGAAUUUACAAGAUGAUUAAUAAAAAGUACUUGAGAUGGAAAAGCAUUUUAAUUUAGAAUUCAAUAAAAUAAGAUUAGAAUAAGGAGCUAUAAAAUUAGAUUAAGAAAACGAAAAGAAGGAAAUCAAAAUAUUAGGUGAUGUUUAAUAAAGUUUAACUGAGAGAGUUGAAAUAUACAAUAAUUAUCAAAGUUAGAAAUUGUAUCAAUAAGAAUUUGCAAUAAGUAAUGUAGACACUUCAAAUACUAAAAUAGUCAAAUAAUUAACAGAAACUAAUCUGAAAGUAUCAAAUCUAAUCUAUUUAUUAGAAUAAAGAAGAAAUAUAGACUUUAAAUACAUUAACAAAAGAUCUAUUAUCUAAAAUUUAAAAUAAUGAAUAAGAAAUCAUUAAAAUUCAAUGUAGUAAAUAGUGGAUGUAAGAUAUGAUUGUAGAAUUAAGAUAAAAAUCAUAAUUCUUUUUGACUAUUGAUUAAAUGGAUUUGAUUUAGUAAACACCUAUAAAAAUACUUCCUAAUCUCAUCUCUAAUAAUAAUCAAAAAAUCUCAAAGUAUUAAUCAUAUUUUUAUUAGUUAAGUUGAUUUAAAUUAAAUAUAAGAAAUAAUUGCUGAUAAAUUUGAAUAAUUAACAAAUUUAUUUUCUACUUAAAUUUAAUAAUCAUAAGAUUAACAUAAAAUCUAAUUAGAUGAAUUUAAAAAUACAUUAAAUAAACUUAAAAAUGAAUUUGCUAAAAAUAAUUAAUUUAUCAAUACCUUUUUAAAGGAUACAAAUGAAAAAUUAUUAAAUGCAAUUAAUGUAGCUUAAGAUUAAAAAAUUAUAUCAAAAUAAUAAAUCAAUCAACUUGAUGAAUAAAUCAAAAGAUAAUUAUAAAAGAUUACAUAAGAUAUUUAAACUAUUUAAACUAAUAUAACUGGACUAGAUCUUCGAAUGGCUGAAACCCAUUUAAGAGUUGUUCAUGUUCAAGAAAAAUAAUAAGAAAUAUAAGUUCAUUAAACCUCUUUUUAAUAUUUAAAUAAUCAUAAUGAAAUUAUAAGUUGUAUGCCUAUGAAAUAAGAUUCAUUAUAUUCUGAUUCUUUUUUAAUCAAUAAUGCUAUUACUUAAAAAAUUAUUAAAACUGAUUAAUCUAUUUAAGCUCAACCUAUAUAAUAGAUUUAAAUGAAAAAAUAAGGAGAAAUAUAAAUUGUAGAAUCAGAUUAAAUUAUAUUAAAUUAAGAUGAAUAAGAAAUCUAUACUAAAAACUUACCAAAAAUUCAAAAUGAUAUUAUAAAACUUAAAUCAGAUUUUUUUAAUGAAUAAUAAUUCAAUCAAAAUCAAAUUAACAAAUUAUUAAAAUCAAAAUCAAUUACUGAUUAAUAACUUAAAGAUAUUGAUUAAUAAUUAAAAUAGUUUAAUUAGUAUUUUGGUGUUAUAUUCUCUUUAAUUUUACAUAAUGAAUUAAUAGGAACAGAUAAUCAUGCAAAAAUUAUCGGAAAUGGAUUUAAAUUCGAAUUCAUACCUUUUUAAUAAGAUGAAACUACAAUGAUGUCUUAUUAAAAUAAUAAGAUUGCUAAAGUGGAUCUUUUAAUGAAAACUAUUACUAGUAAUCAUUCUAUUAUUAAAAAAUAAAGAUAAAAUACAUUCGAAUUCUAAUAAGAAAAAAAGAGAUUUGAUACUGAAACAAGUAGAGAAUUAUAAAGUAUAAUUUAUAAUUAAAAUUAUAGCUAUGUAUAGUAAUAAAAAGUAUAGAUUAUGGGAUGAUAAAUAAAUCACUUAGACUGAAAGACUUAAUUUAUCUGUUGAUGCUUCAGGAUAUUAAUAAUUACCAAAGUAGAAAGUAAAGAAAGUUCUAGUAAAAUAUAAGAGAUUAUUAAAUUGA